GAAAGAAGUUUAUUCCUUUGAGGCGUAUCAUAUUUGUCAAAAUAUGGGGAGAAGUUCACUGAAGAUAGUCUUUAUGGUCGCAUUAUUGCUUGCCAUAUCUGGUAUGCAGAUGUCAUAUGCUUCCAAUGAGAGAGAAUAUGUGGUGACCCAGAAAUCUACAUCUAAAAACAAUGGUGAUGAUAUGAGCGAUCGCAAAGCACAGCUGGGUAAAGAUCCCGAAUUUUGUGAUCUAUACGUGAAGACACAUGGCACCAGUGAGUCGAAGAAAAGAUAUUUCGAGGGAGAACGUGAAAAUAUAGAAUAUUGCUCUGAAAUAGCCAAAGAUGCAAAAGAUGCAUAUCUAGAGGGGUUAGUGAUGAAAUAUGGAGAAGACCCGACAAACCAUAGGCACGAUGCAGAGGUAUGGGUUGAAAGCCAAAUUCGGAGAACAAGAGGAAAAAAGAAGGGUCAUAUCUAUGGUAUAGGAGCAUCGGAUGCCAAUUUUGUGGUUUCUGGGAUAACAUCUUCCGAAUCUACCCGGUCCACCCAAUCCAACAACAACACACAAGAAGAGAUUGAUAGGUUACGUGAAGAAGUUUCUAACAUGCGACAAUUGCAAGAACAAAUGGUACAACAAAUGGAAAGGAUGGCGAGGAUGAUGAAUGGUACAACAAAUCAAGCCAAUGAUCCCCCUCAUACUCCACCUCAUACUCCACCCGAGGAUGGUGUAUAA